AUGUCUUCAAACCACUCUAACUCGAAUUUUUCUCAAUCAAAGUAUGAUCAACCUGGUUAUUUGUCGGGAAAUGCUGCAGAAUCUUCAUCUUCCGCUGCAUACUAUAAUGUGGAUUAUUCUUACCCCACACCAACUAUUUCCAAUCCUCCAACAUACUACUCGAAUGCUAAUCCAACUGUUUCAAAUGCUGGGUACGAGGGCUACGAUUACUCGAGUUAUUCUAGCACAGGCUAUUACUAUCAAUAUCCAACAGCUUCAAGAGGCUCAAAUUCAGUUGUGACAACAACCCCUCCAGUUGUUGAAGCACCACCUACACUUACAAAUACUAUUAUACAGCAACCUCCUGUAAACCUGAAAACUGCUCCCUUGCAAAGCUCUAGUUCAAUUAAAGAUACGAGUAGUAGCUCGGUGAAUGUAACCGAGACGAAUAAACAGAUUACUGGCACCUCAAAGAAAAAGCAAAAAACUAUAGUUCGUGCUGCCGGUGGUGAAGUUUGGGAGGAUCCGACAUUAUUAGAAUGGGAUACAAAUGAUUUUCGAUUAUUCUGUGGAGACUUGGGUAACGAGGUAACAGAUGAUUUAUUAUACAAAGCCUUUAGUAAAUAUCCAUCCCUACAAAAAGCCAAGGUAGUUCGUGAUAAAAGAACCGGCAAGUCAAAAGGUUAUGGGUUUGUGAGUUUCAAAGAUGCGGAUGAAUUCGUCAAGGCUUGGAAAGAAAUGAAUGGUAAAUAUGUAGGUAAUCGACCAAUAAAACUUCGAAAAAGUACGUGGAAAGACCGAAAUAUCGAA